AUGUCUUACCGAACCAAACAUGCUAGUUUAUGGAGAUCGAGCCAACCGCUUGCGAGUUUUAACGACCGCAGAUGUAUUGAAGAUGAACAGCUGUACGAAAAACAUAGCGAAUCAGGCAUUGUCAUAAUUAAAAACCUACAUGAUUCGCUGCUGCCUACGAUAUUAUCGUCCCAAUGGUUUAAAAACUUGUCUAUGAUUCUAAAUGCUUCAGUAAAAAUGGCGAAUUUGCUGCAAAACGGCAAAAAUAUUUUAGUGCAUUGCAGUGAUGGGUGGGAUAGAACUGCGCAGUUAGCUAGUCUGUGUUGUGUGAUAAUGGAUUCUAGAUUUCGAACAAUUAACGGACUGCUUGAGCUGAUUGAACGUGAAUUUCUCUGGUUUGGUCACAAAUUCCGCACUAGACAUGGCAACAAUACUCAGCAAAAAACACUUGUUUAUGAACCCGAACUACGCUUCAUCUAA